GAAAUGCGUUUGAUUUGUGGCAUUUUUGGUGCAAGAAAACAAGAAUUUUUAAAUGUUGUUUGUCCACAAAUCUUUCUGGAUGCAAAAUUUGAUACAUACGAAACUGCUGGAAAAAUGGAUUAAAUCUGAUUAACAAGCGGUUGACCCAUAAGAAUAAAUAAUAAAGAGACGCCAUUUUUGCAAUAUAACUGUCAAACCUUGGAGAAGGUGCUCUGUCAAAUAUUUAUUUGGGUUUAAUAAACAAUAAUAUUGCAAAUUAUCGUAACGUUUUGGCUUACUUGCAAUUAAUAUUUUUGUAAGCCUUUCCUUGGUUUUUAGGUCAAAUUUUCCAAUAUGGGCAAUUGAGAAUCCGGUAAGGAAUAUCGGAGCCUAUUCACAAUGUAAAUGGGCAUGGAAAAUAGAAAUAGUAUGAUGCAAAGUGCUGCUAAAGUGCCCAUUGUUGAUUUGAAUGAUUGCAUUACUUGCAGACUAUGUAGAGGUUAUUUUAUCGAUGCUACUACAAUCAUUGAGUGUUUACACACAUUCUGUAGGAGUUGUAUAAUUCAUUAUUUGGAGACAAACAAGUACUGUCCAGUUUGCGAUGUGCAAGUUCACAAGACGAAACCUUUGCUUAAUGUCCGGCCCGACAAAACUAUACAAGACAUCGUCUACAAAUUGGUUCCAAGAUUAUUUCAAAAUGAAGUCCAAAGAAGAAAAGUGUAUUAUGACACUCACCCGGAAGUACAACCCACUAGUUUUGAAGAAAGCUCGAUAGAGCGGUAUCGGUACAUAUUAACGCCGGAGGAAACCAUUUCCUUGACAUUAAGUUAUGCCGGUUGCACCAACAAACCAAGGUAUUUUAGGUGUCCUUCGGCUGUUUCCAUUGCGCACCUCAAGAAACUCAUCUGCGCGAAGUAUGAAUUGACAGAACAUCACAAAGUCGAAGUGUUUUAUAACCAAGAUUGCCUUAAUUCGACGUUUAGUCUUAUGGAUGUCGCCUACAUAUAUUCUUGGAAAGCGACGGAGCCGAUGGACCUAAAGUUUAAGAUUUACGAAGCCAAACCCAAGGUGGUAAAUUUGGAUGUGUUGGAUGGGGAUCGGGAGCUUCUGCUCUCGACGGGUAAUACCGACCCGAGCAAUAACAACAACUGGAAGGAGGUGCAGCUGCGGAUAAGCGAGAGCGGAGAGAUGUCGAUAACGGGCAUCCAGGACGCUGGCGUGCUGGAAAUUUUGGACGGGGACAACUUUAAAAGCGAGGUGGUCGUGAAUAAGUUGACCAAGCUGACGGAUACUUCGAAAGUGGAAAGUAGAAACGGUACGGAAGGAGAAUCGAAAGAAUCGAAAUUGCCGGAACCUGAAACGAAGACUAUCGAGGGUUCCAAAACUAAAAAGUUGAGCGAUAAUGUCGUCAAAAAGGAAUUGCCGGAGCUGAUGCUGAUCGCGAAAAAUACCGUUAGCGCUACGACCCCGCCUAGCGGAAAUGUAGCGAUAAAAGUGUCUUCGAGUCAAUUGAAUUGUAGCCCCGAAGGUGCCACCCUCGUCAAUGCGCCUUCGGCACCUCCACCAACAGCAAACAAACUAAAUACUCAGGUCAACCCCGUGACGAGUGCCGCCUCGGCGACGGUCGAGCAUAACGUCGCGAUGUCAGCGCGUACAUUAAGCGGCGGCAAAGUGGUCCUUACGAGCCAGUCUGAAGGUUUCCGUGCCGGUUCGUUCACUUCUGCGGCCGCGACCGUCAAAUGCGCGUCUCUCUCGUCGGGCAGUACGACGACCGUCUUCAGUACCAUCAAUAAAACCAUGUGCAGUACGAAAUCUGACGAGUCCAGCAGCGAAGCGAAGAGUUCGGAGCCCAUCGCCAACAACAAAAUCAUCAAACCCUCCACGGCGAAUAACGUGGGGAAAGAAGCCAACCAUUUGAAAAGGAAAAGUGACGACGCGCCAGUGACGGACACGCCCCCCAAAGUGCCUAAACCCACCAUACUGAACCAUUCGAUCGGUCUGAUGAAUCUGUCAAAUAAUCAUCCCCUGAAGAGGCAUUCGAAGAUGAACCGAAACGGGGAGCACCCGAAACAAACGGAAGUCGGCGACAAGUCGCAGUCGGUUACGGUGAAUUACGUCACGGUGUCGGCUAAAGUGAGCGUGAGUGAGUCUGGUCAAGCAAAAACCGUCUCGGCGAACAAAAAUCCCCAGCUGAACAGGCCGGCAACGCCCGGGAUGCAGAAGAACGCGUCCAACAGCAUCCCGAGUACCAGUGUACCGUGUUACGUGCCCAAGACCACUUUUAAUCCGGUGAUCGUGGUUCCAAAGUUGCUUUCCACUCAGGCUGGUUCCAAGGGGAACGGUAACGACUGCAAGGGUAUAGGGAACAGCGGAAAGCCCGAGGUCCUGAACUCCCUUUUAAACUCGAUCAGGCCGCUGCCGCCUCCCGCAUCGGCCUCCCCCCGCCAGCACCAUAACUCCUUCGUUCCACCUCACUCCGGGCCGCCCACCUCGGCCGCGCACUUUUUAAACUCGGUGGUGGCGGCCGCCAUCCUCAAGUCUACGAACUCGACGUCCCCGUCGGUGGCGGCGCCACUUACGACCACGACUACCGCGCAGUCCGUCAAAAAGGUAAACACGCCCAUCGGAUACAAGACGUUGCGCGAUCCGCCCAAGAGUUGGAACUCGCAGAUAGCCAAGGCGAACAUGAACGUGAAAGCGGCGGCGGCGGCCGCUGCGGCGGCGGCGGCGGCGACGUCGUGCCCUGCGGGAGGUCCGAGUACCGGCGGAAAAUACGCUGGCGAUUUGAAAAGUAUCAGGCCGAAGUUUUUCAAGGGCCGUAAUAUGCCCAGGUACUUAGGAAAUCCCGCCUCUGGGGUGAAACCGAUGUACCAAGUGCACCUCAGUCCCGAAAAGGAUAAGCACAGGGACCAGAAAGUGGAAAAGAGCGAGAUCAAGAAACACUCGAUCGUGAAGAUCGAUCCCAAGACGCUGAAACCGAUCAGCGAGAAAGCACCGGAAAAUACCAGUCUGAGUAACGUCAGCGGCAGUUUAUCGGCGAGCGCGACUCAGAAUCAGGAGUUGAGAUGCACUUCCACGCCCGGCGACUUGAAGAUCAACACCAGCUCGGUGUCCAUCUUCAACCCCCUGAAGCUGCAGAGUUCGCCGAAAAGUGACCGGAAGUCGCCGAAAAGUCCGCAUUCGCCGAAAAUUAAACCCACGAACAGCACCGCUUCGAGCGGCAUGACGACGACCGCCAUGUUGUCGCCGACCGCCCCGAAACGCGAUAAGACGAGCCUGACAUUUACGCCGCCCAACCCGUUCGUCCCAAAUUUGGCGUCGCCCACCCUCAGCCCGAAUCAAUUCGUUUAUCCCGCGGGAGCCCCUCCCGGCUUCCCCGCCUACGAUCCCCGGGUCAUGGCCGCCUAUCACAGUCUAUGGUACGGGCAACGGAUGGCGGCGGUGGCGGCGGCCGGUUUUCCUUCGGCCCUUCCCGGUUUAGGUCUGGGGAUCGGUAAGAACCCAUUCGAUGUGAACCUGACAGCCGGCACCACUUCGCCGCAGCAACACAGUCCAGGGGUCUCGCCGAAACAUUCCACGCCGCCGAGGGCGUCUACCCCGACCAGGGGUAGCGGGGGGGCCCCCACCCGCACUUCCCCCACGACGCGAAAAACCAAAGAUUCCGCUGCUAAAAGUCUCGAAACUGCCUUGGAGAAGCUCACGCAAAGCAAGGCCAAGGAGAUGGGCAAGGCAGCGGCGGCGCUGUGCAAAGAACCAAGUACCAGUAGCGCGAGGCCAACAAAAAACCCACCCGAAGACGAUGUACUAAAGUCGACGACGAAAGAACCGCCAGAGGGCGGCACCUUCGACACCGCUAAACCCACUGUACCGUCGUCGAUGAAUGAUUCUCGCGUCGCAGUAGACGCCACGCCCCCCAAGGACGAGUUGUUAGCGACUGAGACGAGUCUGGCUCCUCCUCCGAGUAAUAAGGACGACCGAGUCGCGAGCGGACGCGACAAAAGUGAUGGUGGUGUUGGUGAUUCCAAGGUCCUCGACAGAGGUGGUGAAAGUAGCGCGCACGAAGUGUCAAAGUCUACGGUUUCUGGCCACGGCAAGGAGACCGACGACGGCGGCGCGCGUAGUGAUAAGGAAACGACUAAAGGUGACGCGGGCGCCACCCCCAACGGGUGCUCUAGUGACAUUUUGGCGGGAAAGGACGCGAGCCAGGUGAAGCAAUGAGAUCUUUCGUUGUCUGCCGUUAUUUGAAAGCCUCAUCGCUUCGAGGGCCACCAAACCUCGUUUCGAAUGUUGUUUUUGUUUUAAUGAUAUUUUGAACGUAUCAUAAAGAUUUUGUUUUUUUUUUUGGAGAAGGGGUAUUUCGUGUUAAAAUUUACAUGUAACAUCACAUGUAAGGUUAUAACGUAAAGUCGUCAACAUUUUUUUAUCAAUGGGUUUUUGACAAGUUUUGAUCCGGGGAAUAGUUUGCACAUCAAAAAUAAUAAACGUUCGCCUUUUUUUAAUUAUUAAUUAUUAAACUAUUUUUGUUUAAAUUAAAAACUAAUCAAAACAUGCGAUUUAAUGCGAUUAAUCCAGGGAAUAAUUGCUCAUCAAAAAUAAUAAAAAAUUUAGCUAUUUUAUAAAACACCGAAAAAUUUUAUUGGAAAAAGUUGAUUCUUUUUCAGUUUUCUAUAAGUGGGUCAAUUUUUUCCAUAACUUUAAUAAACUACCAUGAUCAUUCGCCUUGAUCUGUCAAAAGUGACAUUUUUAUUAAAAAAAAAUAAAAAAAUAUAGUAAUUUUGGAAAAUUUUGAAAUUGCAUCAACUUUGACGAUUUUUAUAAGUUCAUUUGAAAAUUUUCCUAUAUAAUGUAUUGUUUUUAAAUGUUAAUUUUGACAGUUGAAAACUUUUUUAAGUUCCAUGUCAAUUUUCUGAGAUAUUGGCCCUCAAGGUUUGGAAAACGAAGUUUUAUGAAUAAACUAGAAAACAACUACUCAUUAAGCAACAUGACAUAAACUACAUAUGUUUUUGUGUACCAAAAAAUUUCAUCAAUAUUUAGUAGGCCACUGUUGCUGUCUAUAAUCAUUUAUUUUGUAUACGAGGUGCAGCGAAAGAAGUAUAAUUUUCUACCAAAGAAUAUUAGUCUGCAGUUUGCUUCCCAUCUAAGUGAUGUUAGUAAAAUGUGUUCGCUAUUAUCUGGUAACCACUUUUAACAUUGAAGCACAACAGUGAGAUUUUUUAACGCUGACAAUUACGAGAUUUUGUUCGGUUUACAAAUUUACAAAUUUUUGCCAUUGAAAGUAGAAACUAACACAUUCUGCUUGCAUUAUUUUGAAUAGAUGAAAACUCAUAUUUUUUUGGUAUGUUUCGAACAAAAAAUACAUUUCUCUCUGGAUAGCAACAGUCGUCGACCAAAUUUUUUUAACACAAAAUCAUCUGUAGUUUUCAUGUUGUCAUUUUACUUUUUAGAGACCUCUUCAUUAAACAUUUUCGUUUUCAUAGAAAAAUAGAAACUUAGAUAAUAUCGGGCAUAAAAAAAACAUUUAGUACUAUAAGUUACGAAGAUUUAAUUAAAUUUUGUUCCCAACUUUUUUUGAUUCUGUGCCCUUGAAGAUUUGUGUGAAUAUAAAUAUAAAUAUAUAAUAUAAAGUAAAUAUGAAAUAAAAUAUAAUAAAUAUAAAAUAAAUUUCUCUUCAUGGGAAGUUUAUAUUUUUUUUAUCAGUCACGCAGCGCUUAUGGUAGAUUGGAAAGAUUUUUAAAUAUGUCUUACUAUGACUAUGAAGAUAUUUAAAAAUGGAUUGAAUUAAACUUGUCAUUAAACCGUCCACUUCCAUAUCAAUGUGAACCUAUUUUACUUACUGACGUUUUCUUAAAACUCGGACAAGGAUUUGUCAAAGUGGUAGCGCCAUCUACUAGUAAAUAAUCAAAGUGUGUUAGCUAUGGCAAUAGAAUUGGGUGUGACAUUUUGAAUUGAGUUUUGGUCCCUCGUUGCUACAAGCGCCUGAGUUGAUGAUUUCUAUUCUGCCGAUUCGCCGAAACGAUCGUCUAGUUAAGAUUGGUAAUAACGGUUCGGGGUCUUCCUUUUUCGGCUGCCGUCUCGAGAUCUGUGAUAUAGCGUACCCUUUUUUAGUACCCGUUCGCAAAUAUUCGAAAUUUCUCCCAGAAAGUUUUUUACGAAAAAAGUUUUACCGAAUUUCUGGACAAUGGUUUCGGUUAGUCGACGGUCCAUGUUGAGCUCAAUCGAUUUUUGUAUAUUUCUCUUUAAAUCGUUUUGUUUUACCCAUUCGUUGUACAUAAUAGGGCUAUAUUUUUUUAAGCGACUUGUAAACAAGAUUGCAGUAUUUUGCACGGCGGUUCUGGUGACAUCGACGCAUAGCGGAUGACGAAACGUAUCAAAUCUUACCAAGCGUUCUGGAAAUCGUAGAAAUCAAUUUUACAGUCCUCUAAAUGGUCGUAAAUAUCAAUUUUACAGUCCUCUAAGUGGUCCUAACUUCACCACUGGGUGGAAGCACAAUCCUUAAAGUAGCCAAGAUUGUUCUGUGCUGGUGUGCCAGAAAAAAAACCAUUUUUUUUGGAUCUGACACACAAACUAGUUGCAAGUUACCUGGAGAAACUACUUGCCACGUAUGCUCUUAAUAUUAAUGGAAAUAUUAUUCUCAUUAUAGUUUUGAAUUAUCGAUUUAAUCUCAGAAAUGUAUAUAAAUGUAUAUAGAAAUAUAAAUAAUCAUAUCUUAUCAUCAAUAGAUCAUUAAGCCAAUUUUAUUGAUAAUUUUUAAAGGAAAUUGAACUCUUCCACAUAAUUUUCAAUAAAUUGAACCAUUUCAAUGAUAUUCAAGGUCAAAAAAAUGAAGAAUUAAAAAAAAACUAUGAAUUUAUAUAUAUUAUAAUAUAUAUAAAAUUAUAUUAUAUUAUAUAAAAUAAACAUAAGAAAUAAAUGAAUAACAGAAUUACCAUUUUUAAAAACCAAAUGAGUUCUAUUGUAAAUAAAUAAUAAAAAGUAUAAGAGACCAUCUUUGUAGAGUGUUCAAUUUCCUAUAAAAAUUAUCAAUAAAAUUGACUGUAUGGUCUAUUCGUAAUAAGAUAUGAUUAUUUAUA